CGGGGGCAUUCACUCCAGCUUCUAGAAUGUACGACAACAGUGUGAAGAGACAGCUUGUGGUCGAAGCGGCCGGUAAAACCUCAGAGUUCAGUAAAGAAACGUCGCUAAAAUGGUCUAUAGUCAGGCUUUGGUGUUUGGUUACGGCUUGUCCGCUGGUUCCGAAGAGGAUAACCUAGCCGAGAUGUGGAGAAAAGUGCUGCAGCACUUCAGAGCCGGGAAAGAGACCGCUGGACGCCUCAAGAAAGCCUCCAGCUCCUCGAGUCUGGAGUCAGAGUGCAGCCUGGAGGACGAUGACCUGGAAGCGAGUAUCCAGCUGCAGCAGCAGGAUUUGGCUGCGCGGAUCGAGAAGUGUCUUGUAAUAGCGAAAGCGUCGAGUCUGCACUGCAGUGAGCUGCUUGUACCGGCUCGCAUGAGCACGCGUAUAGCAAGAGACAUCCUCCGUGCAUCGGCACACGAGCCGUGCGGUCUGAGAGGAGCUCUCAUUCACCUGUUCACCGAGACCCAGGCAGGUUUACAGAAAGUGGGCACGGUGACUCCAGAGCACAGCCUCACGCCCACCUUCGAGCUGUCUGUGGUAUUCCAAGUCGAUCCUCAGCGCUGGCCGCAGUUAAAGCAUCUGCUCGGGUCCGAGAAAGUCCUGCGGCUUCGACCGGAGUAUCGCCUCAUCAAAAGGAAGCUGUACUCGUCUGCCAGCCCUACAGUGAUCGAGUUUUGAGUACGGGAGCUGGGUGAAGACGAAGGAGGGAGUAGGAUCUGUAUCACUGUGAAACUGUUACAAGCAUUUUUGCACUUUCCAGAAUUUAUUACCUUUCCUACAGAAGUCCUUGUUACUGCUGAUGUUUUUUUUUUUUUUUUUCAACCUUUGCACACUUCUGCACUGUUUACAGCAUGUAUGAAUGUAAUUACUAUUUAUAGAAUGUCUUCUGUUUUCGGAUGCACUGUUUUGGGAGGAAAAAUUACAUCUCCCUAGAAAACACUUAUUUCACACAGACAGGUUUGUCUUUUGUAACUAUUUAGGAAAUGUGUGCAAUUUGUGCAAGGUUCUAAAGAGCUAAGCUGGUUUUGUCUCCAAGGUGUGUUUUUUUUUUUUUUUUUGGUAUCCUUAUUCCCUCAGAAUGAAAGAAAAAUAAAAUCUUUGCACUGUA